AACACGAUAAUCAUCACAGCUCUGAACUAAUCAUAAUAAAAAAAGGAAAAACCUUGAUCUACCUUGCUUUUCUUUCAUCCGAAAAAAGCUUCAAUUUUUUCUCCAAAAUUGAAAACAAAAAUUUGGAUAACUUUGAAGCCCCUGAAAACCCAAUUUCCUUAUCCAAACCAGUGGGCACAAUACCAGGAUGAAUAGGGAUUGCUGAGAAUAUGGAAGCCGAUGUUUCUAUCAUCCUCGCGUCAAACCUGUGAUUUGUUCUCAUAUUUUGUUUGUAUGUCCAAGAUAAGGGCUAUUAGGGUUUUGAAUUUUGGAAUUGGAGCUAUGCUGAAACUCUGGGUAUUAUUUCCCCUCUUUUUCUUGUGUUUUGCGUUCCUGACGGCUCCUCCUGCCCUUGCCAAUGUAGUUUUGAUCGGUAGAAACGUUACCUCUUCAUUCGAAGACAUCGAGGCUAAUUUUGCUCCCUCGGCAAAGGGAUCAGGGCAGUGCGGGACAUUGUAUGUUGCUGAGCCAUUGGAUGCGUGCUCACCGUUGAGUAAUAAAGUGGAGGUUGUAGAAAACAGCACAAAGUCUCCGUUUGUGUUGAUAAUUAGGGGAGGAUGCAGCUUCGAGGAGAAAGUUAAGAGAGCACAAGUGGCGGGGUUUAAAGCGGCCAUAGUCUACGACAGUGAAUAUGGAGAUCUAGUGGCAAUGGCAGGAAGUUCUAGCGGUAUAAAGAUACCAGCGGUGUUUGUUUCAAAAGCUUCUGGAGAAACACUUGCUACAUAUGCCGGUGAUCCCAACGUCGAAAUAUGGAUAAUCCCGAGCAUCGAGAACUCGGCCUGGUCAAUCAUGGCUAUAUCAUUCAUUUCGCUGCUUGCCAUGUCAGCUGUGCUAGCUACUUGCUUCUUUGUUCGUAGGCAUCGCGUCAGAAGAGAAAGGCCACGGACUACACGUGUUCGAGAGUUCCACGGGAUGAGUAGCCGUCUCGUUAAGGCCAUGCCGAGUCUAAUAUUUACUGCAGUUGUUGAGGAUAACUGUACGUCAAUGACUUGUGCUAUAUGUCUUGAAGACUAUAGCGUCGGGGACAAGCUUAGGGUUCUGCCAUGCCGCCAUAAAUUUCACGCUAUGUGUGUCGAUGCUUGGCUAACAUCGUGGAGAACUUUCUGCCCGGUUUGUAAACGCGACGCUAGAACCAGCACCGGUGAUCCACCGGCGUCAGAGUCUACACCGUUGCUUUCAUCGAGUGCUUCUCUAUCGUCAAUGGGAUCUGUUCGAUCAUCGUUAGCAUCAUCGUCGGCAAUACAAAUACGGUCCCCCUCGUCGUCCCGACCCCCUUCACGACCUCAAUCAAUCUCCAGCACACCUUACACCCACCGCCAUUCACUUCAGUCCUACAUCCAAUCACCCCAUCUUACCGCAAGCCGGAGCUCGGUGGACCUCAGAAACGCAUCAUCUUCACAACGAUCCCGCGCUUCUUACCUCGUUUCGCCUCAGAAUCAUUCCCUAGGCGGCUACCCUUCCAUGUCGCCUCUUAACUCGAGAUACAUGUCUCCAUACAUUCCAAGCCCGGGGGGCAAUGCUUCAACAAGUUACCUCGGCUCCUCUAGUCGGCACCCGAACCCACUGCGGCCGAGCGACUCCUAUACGAGCUUUUCUCCAUUCGCUUCGGCUCAGUCCCUCCCGGGUUGUGAGUAGGGACUUCGCUGAUCCUGUAGAACGAAGAACAGAUGGCAAGACGAGAUUGGGAUUUGUACAUUACAGCAUGAUAAUGUGUGGUUUUUGUUCUGUAUUGUAGUUUUGAUGUUUAUGUUGAGAUUUGUCUGGUGCACAUUGCUUUCCCCUUUCCUGUUGGGUUGAUUGAUUAUUUAGAUGUUUCUAACUAUAAUUUGUACAUAUAGCUGACCUUUCAGAUUUCAACUCUUCAUGCAAUUUUUUUUUUU